CGUUCGGCGGUUUGUUUUGGAUUUGCGUGUCUGCUGUUAGCUUGCUUUCUAAUGCGUUUUAAGGGUUUAAUUGGUUAAAACAUCGAUUUUAAGCAUGGAUGACUCUACAAAGCGUUUAUUACAACGUCUGAUGCGACGAAUCCCUUCUCAAAUGCUCCAGACAAUUCUUGACAAGUGGGCUCAUCUAUCAAGAGAGGACCUGCAUUCGCUUGACUUCACACAACCAAAAUGGGUGUUGACGGAACAUCUACUGGCUCUCUGUGAGGAGAAUGGCUUGAGAGUGAAACACAUCACAGAACUCGAAAUGAUCUAUAUCAUUGAGAAUCCGAACCAGGGAAUGUGGCAUGGCUUCCAGCUCCUUGAUGCAGAGGAGGAUGCACCAUCCAUUGAGCUGACACAGUUCAAGGAACAGUUCAAGGCCAACCUCACAGAGCUCAUCAGCCAUGUGUCUAUUAAAAUAAAGAAACACACAGAUGAGGCCAUAUGGAUACGUGUUGCCUGGGGGGACAACUUCACAAAGCCUUACCACCUUAAACCCACAUACGUUGUCCACCAUCUUCAGACCCCUUAUGUCUUUGUGACCGGCGUGACUUCAAAGCAUAAGCCUCUUUUAAACCAGGCCUUGGUUCUGGCCACCAGAUAUAGCUCUAUGAAGGACGCUCACCUCAGUGGACGGAACCUCACCGCCAUCAGAGACCUACUGAUGAGGCAGUACCAACAGGUGUUCCCCACCAAACAUCCAAAACCUCUUCAGGAAAAGAAUCCUGUCCCUAGAAACCCUAAUAUAGAGAAAGAACAGGCUGAGAAUACAGAGAACCGACUUCAGAUGGCCUGUGAGGCGUUCGGCGAUGGGACACUACCUCAACUGCAAAAAGCUGUCUACAAGCUAGAGACCAAAUUCCGAGAUAACUCUAACAAGACGUUGACAGGCAGAGAAGAGCCCUUCAGAGGAGUGGUGGAGUUUGCCAGCACCAACCUCCUAGAGUCACUCAGGCACUGUGUGUCCUCAGGUAUGGCGUCAACUCCAGUCACCCCUCUUCUCUCAUCUAUCACACAGAAAGGGAGAAACUAUUUUGUUAUCACAGACAAAGGAGUUUAAAUCAAGUUUAACUAUAAGAUCUACCAGAACAAGUAGUGUAUAUUUGUAUUGAAUGUGUUAACAUUUUAUGGGGUUCAACAUAUAUUUUUUAGAACACAUUGUUUACCCAUUCACUCUGUUUCAGAAUAAAUAAAUUGACAUGUAACCUGUUUUGUUAUAUUUUAUGUAAUUUGUUUCACUUAUUUUGUAUGAACAAAUAAAACAUUUCUGCAAUUAUGUUGAUGUGCAGUUGUGCACUUUUCAGUUGUAUGCUGAGUCCUUCACCCAAGUGUUGAUAAGAAUAAUAUUUGUUAU